UUAGUGCUGCUUGGACUGGUGUAUUUGAAGUAUUUGAUUUAGUUCUUGAAUUUGAAAGGUGAUAUGGUUUAUUACUUCCCCUUUCUAUGCUACUUCCGUUUAAUAGGGUAUCCAAAGUUGGUUAUUAUUUCAGGACUUCCUUUUCAUAUCAGCAUCAUCAAAUUUUCUUGCACUUUAAUCAACCUUCAACGCAGUGGGCGGGGCCCAGCAUAAAUGUUUACCAACGUGGUAUGAGCAGGAGUCCUAAAGCAACAGAAAGUAAAACACAUACUGACAUUAAUGAAUGGUGAAGUAUUGUCACAGGAAACACGUCAUUACUUGCCACCAAGGUCUGAACAACUGUUGACAUCCUUCCCGAAUUCAAGUUCUGUGCCACUUUUUUUGCUGAAUCUUUUGUGUUUUGCCUUUUCUUUUGUUGAAAUGCUUUCAUGGUGGAAAGACUUUGGUUCAUGACAAACACUGGAGGGUAUCCAAUAUCACAUGUGUCAACAACGUACUUCCAUGGUUCCUCUUCAAGUGCAUUUUUCUCAGGAGUUGCAGCAUGUUCAGCCCAUCCAAACUGCGACAGCAUAACUCGGUGCCCAACUCUCCCUGUGCCCUACGAUCUCGCAGUCACCAUCACCACCACCACCAUACCUCAUGUGGGCGAGGCAAGCUGGUGGAAGUACCCCUUUGGUUUCAUGGUCUGAUGGAACGUAAGGUGGCAGAGGAACUGCUUCUAAAGAGUCCUUUCAGGGGUCACACCAGUCAUCCUAGUAGCAGAGAAGGCCUCUUCUUAGUCAGACAAAGCAGUAACAGAGGAGGACAUUUUGUGAUCUCGGUGUGUACGCGGAAUCAUUGCAAUCAUUACCUGAUUGAGACCAUUGAAUCUAUGUUCUAUGUGAGGAGAGAUCGUAGUGAAGACAGGGGGCGGGACAUCCAGGCUUGUGAUUUAAGAAAUCUUAUUCAGUGCUAUAGAACAACUCCUCUUGAUGAGUCAGGUCUGGUUCUGAAAGAACCGCUUCUUCGAACAACUCCGGUGACGAUCACCACAUCCCUAUUGCCCUUACCUCAGCCUAGAGACAAUCAUAAUUACAUCCCUCUUCAUGUUGAACACAAGGAGUAUGUAGCAAACCAGGAUUAUGCAGCUCCUGAUCCAGUUAUGCUCUCAUUCUGUGAGGGUGAACUCCUGACUGUCUUACAGAAAGAUAACAAGAAUUGGUGGUUUGGACACAAUGACCGUAGGGAGCUGGGUUACAUCCCAGCCGCCCUGCUUAGGAGUCUGAGUGAGUCACAACCUACAGAGAAAAGUGCCUUUUUGAACGCAGGGUAUGUCGGGAACGAGGAAGCUACCAAGACUGACGCUAGGGUCGAUACAUCAUCCUUACCGCUCGCGGACUGCAAUUCAAACUUUAUGAGUGAGAACCAGAACAAAGGUAGCAUGCAUAUGCAGAGGAUACACACUGUGCCAUGUGGCCUCACAUUGCAAAACUGUGGAAAUGAAGAUAUUUACGUUUCUAGUGAAUACAUCACGAGUUGCCUGGAGAACAGAGAUCGGUGGUUGUCACCACAACAACCGAGACUAAGCGUACUUCGAUGCGUCUCUCCCAGGCAGUUACAAAGACAUUUAUCAGAACCAACGGCAUGGAUCGACUUCUCCGUCAAACCGGAGAGGUUGAUCGAUGUUGAGCCGCAAGAUCUGAUGCACUUCAGCGAUAUGUCACCUGACGCUUCACCAACGCAUACAUUCAGCGGUAGGCGGUUGAGACAUAAAGCAGCAAGGCAGAACAGUUCACCAGCUAGAGGUUCCAACAUAUCAUCAUCGGCAGAAUCAUCACCAGUUCGGAGGAAAAAGGAUUCUAUGUCUGAUUACAUGACCACAAGAGACUAUGAUCCAAUUGAGACCUAUCUGAGACUAUCAGAAUGUACUACAGGUCCUACUCAUCACAAAGGAAAAACAGACAAAUGAAGGAAUUUUAUCAUGUUUUUUAUUUCACAAAAUAUAUUUGAAAAAGAUAUUCCAACUUGUGAUUUCAGAUGAGAUUAAUAUCCAAUGAGAUAUGUAAAUCUGCAGUAGUAAGAGAGAAAAGGCUCACCAGCCUGUGUAUUUAUAUAUCAUUUUUGUAUGUUAUUACUGAUUCAAAUGCAAAGUACUACUAUUUAUUAAACUUUUUUCAACCAUCUACCAAUAUAAGGAAUAAAUCAUUUAGAGGCUGUUUGAAUAUACAUGUAUAAGUUUAUUCCUUUUCCUUUUCAGAUCAUCAAACUUGAAAUACUGUUCAAAGUCAAAUUCAUUAUCACCUGAAGUAGCUAAUGAUGGAAGAACAUAUACAUGUAAGAAAUGCUUAUGAAGGGCAGGGAAACUUUUAUACCAUUUGUAUAAUAGGUUAUUAUUCAAUACUGAUAUGGGGAUAAAGACAUAUUUGAUAAAUGGGUAAUCACUUUUUAGUGAAAACAAAUUCUUCUCUGCUCAGAAAUGACUUAGAAAUUCAUCAUUACAUAUUGAAUUUGGAGUCACCCAUCACAAGUGGGCAAAUACUGGAGAAACUGAAACUGAGGGAGAAUUAGUAUCUAAAGCAUAUUUUUAUACAGAAAAAUAUAGUUCAAAUGAACAUUAGAAAUAACAUCAUUUGUCUCCUGUUCAAUGAAUAAAGCUACUGAUUCAGCAACAGAAUUACAUGUAUAUCUAUUUUUAUAUGCUGUGUAUGUGUAUAUCAUGUACAACAGAAACAAUAACAAUUACAAUGACUUUUAAACACAGAGCAUUUUUGUUAUCAAUAACAACUUAUGUUUACAAAUUAAAAUGUUUAUAUAAAUCAGUAUUACAGUAUACUGAUGUAUGUUUAUCAGAACAGCAUUAUGUUUAUCCUGUUUCAAACUUGAAGAAAGCUGAUAUUUUCAACUGCCAUCAAUACUAUUACAAUAUUAAAGUACUCAACAUCUCACUGCCAUGUCUAGUUUUUUUGCAGAUUGUGUAAACUGCUCUCUGCAUUGACUGAUUUAACUGUAUCCAUUUUAUUGGAAAGAAUGAGAUUUUGAGACAUCAUAAAUAUUGGUCAUUAUUGUGAAACAUUUUAUAGGGAUAUAUUUAUAAAUGAUGGUACAUGUACUACAAGUUUAUGAUUAAUCUUUUGCAAAUGCUUACUAUCAAGCCAACGUGCUUUCUUGGGUAAAAUGGUCGAAUAUUUGUUCGACAUACAUGUGUAUAUUUUAUAACAUAGUGCAUACUGAUAUAUUGUAAGACUAUCAAAAGUCAUGACGAUAGAUUAAGAGUUGUGAUGGUUUUAAUAUGUGCUCUAUUGCUAUGGCAAGGCGGUCAUCUCCUUAUGUAUGUAGAACUCCAAUGGAUGUGUAUUUAUGUUUCAUGUGUGACGUCAUCUCUCACUGCCAACCCUUCAUACGUGCUAUUUUAACCUUGCUAGGAGCUAAUUUUAAAAUCUUGUUAAGAUUUGCUGAUUAUGUGCAGCCCAACUUUGCCAUGCCUUUGUUAGUUGUGAAAGUCAGCAAGAUUUCCACCAUAGCUAAUAAAAGGCUCUCUCCAAUUAAAUAGAACAUAUUACAAUCAUGAAGAUCUGAUAGCCAUGUUUAUUUUUUUUAAACUCUAAGAUGGGAAGAUCCAUAUCGAUAUGGUGUUUAGACAAAAUCAAAUGGGUAAUUCACUUUCUGUUGUAUCAUUUACAUGUCUCUGAAAAAGAUAGCUGCACUCAUAUAUGUGAUAUAGAUGUCAAACUAUAGGAUUUUGUUUAGAAGAAUUAAGUAAGCCCUGAAUAGAAGUUUACGCUUUCAUAAUCUCAAUCACUUGGGAGUUUUUACUCUUUUUAUGUGCGUUUGCUGAAGCAUUGUGGAAUCAUGGCAAAUGGUAGGAUAUCUAAAAUAAGGAAAUUUGGAUUUCCUAUGCAAGAUUGAAAUAAAAAUUAUUCUAAAUUGAACUGGUAGCAAGUUAGUCUACCUCCAUCUUUAAUUUUCAUGUAUAUUUAUUAAUAUGUUUGCUCAAAACCUUGGAAACUUUUCUUCUUCUUUUUUUGUUCUGUCUCUCCCUCUACAUUUUAUUUACUUUGUCAGAAAGAAGGUGCUCAAGAAGAUUAAACUUAAGAACUCUAAGCUUUAUUACUGCCAUGACUAAAAAAACAGGGAGCUCAACAUCUAGUGUUUCAUCUUAUUUUGUUCAAAAAGUAUUUUUCAUAUUUCUAAUUGCUUUUCUGUUCAAUGAGUCCUUUAUCAAAUUAUUUCUUUAAAAAUCACUUCAUUUAUGCGUAUGUGGACAUCUACAAAGAAACAAUUCACCUUGUUUCUUUUUUUCAUCUAGUGCUAUUUCAAGUCAUUUCAAUAGAAACAAUGUUUGUAGAAUGGCAGGUUGAUGUAUGGGUCUUCAUCUUACAAAAUAAGACUGCGCCAUUAACUUUUAUCAAUAAAGAUAUCAAUAUUUUCUAUCAUUAUUUUCUUGCUAACUUCAUGUGCUGCUUGAUUGUAGAAUAUUUUUACAGAUGGGUCUUUGAGUAGAACUGGAAUAUUCAUUUCUUGCUGCAUACAUUAAGAGCUGAAAGACAUAUUGAAGUUAUUGUUCUAUUUGAAAUUCAAUUAUAAGAUGUUUUAGCCACUUUUAGCUGAAUACCGAGUUCAGCUUCCAAGUUAAUCUAAUACUUCUCAUACACUUUACAGUUGUGAUAUAUAGAAUAUGUAUUUUCUUCAUCAGACAAUGGGAUGGGGUAGUUUAAAGUUUCAUGAAACAAUUGUUAUCACUUUAUUUCAGAUCUUGUAAACCGGUGCAAUGGAUUCAAAUUGAUCUCAACUUAAUAUCAAUCGCAACUCUGUACGUAAAGUGUUAGGAGGUUUAAAUUUUUGAUUGAAGAUAUCGCGAUCAAUCUGGAUCAAUUGUGAUCCUUUUUCUAAAGACAGGGCACUAGACUCUGAUACUCUUGAAAGAUUCUAUAUUUGCUAUUACAUGUAUCUCUAACAUGGUGAAUUUCACACUGCUUGUUAAAUACAAAAUACGAUUUUUAUAUUGCAUAGGGACAAAGAAACAUUACAGAAGUCUAUUUUCAGUACAGACAAGGAAUAGUAUUGCUGGUAAAACUAUUGUAUAUGGGUUAACUAGUUGAAGAAGCAAAGCAACGACUCAUUUUGCAGAAAAAUCUAAAGUGGGGAAAAAAGACAACUCUUUUCAAGUUUACUGUGUUAUAUUUCAACGUAAUGAUGCAACUUAAAUAUUGUGGGUAAAAUGUAUUCAUAUGUAAUCUAUAAAUGAUAUUUUACAAUAAGUUAAUUGUGAGGAUCCUCUUUAUGCGUUAACUGUUAACUGCCUCUUUGACGUUUGUAGCUAUAACAAAAUACAAAGUAAAUCUUGUUGGGAUCGUGAUAGUGCUCUUUAUGCAACUCACAAUCAUAUUCAUUUCUAUAAUUCUCAACUACUUCAGAAAUAAUUUGUAACUAAUGAUGUGAUUAGGAUGCUUUCUUAGUCUGAAUGGAAGAAAGAAGUAACAACCAAACAUUGCCAGUUUGGAGAAUUUUGAGUGUGACAAAAAAUGGAAAGGAUUAUUUGAAAUUGUUCUAUGAUCCACAUUUUUAUAUCGAUUUAUUUCUGCUCCUCAGUGUUGCAGUAUUAUACUUGAUUGAUGACAUAAAGAAAAUUUAGCUGUUUGCCAUAUUAUCUGUAUAAAUAUAUUUAAAUAUAUAUUAUAAGAAUACACUAAAUGUAUGGUUUUAUUAUUUUUGUGACAAAUAUAGACAUAAUGUCAGCCAAAUAAUA